AGCAAGAAUCCAAAGACUACCAGACUCUCUCUUUCCCACAAGUCUUUCUUUUACUUUCUCGAGAAAGUUACUAUAAACUCUGUUUCAAUCUCUUUUCCGUACAAGUUCAUUUGUCACCACCCUACUCGCCCAUCAAUCCAGCUCUGCCUUGGUUUGUUUUCUUUGAUCUUGUAGGAAUAUGUUGCCUGAAAAGCCUGUUCAUGCAUCAUGGGUCUUCCGGUCUACGAUUCACUGGUCUUUUAGGGUUUUGGUGUUGGCUGUUGUUCUUGGAUUGAUGAUCUUCUGGGCUAUUGAUAGUCUCGAUGUUAGUGACUUUCACAAAGAUUUUCUUGUCAAGUUUGAUGUUAAUCUUGUUAAAGGUCUAAAGAAUUUCAGCACCACCAACGGUUCUGAUGUUUCUAUCAAUUUCAAUUUGACGAACCAAGAAAAUCAAGAUUUCGCCGGAAUCCAGGAAGUUUCACCAAUUAAACCCUUAAAUGAUACCACGGAUCUGGUUAAUGUUACCGGAAAACCUCCAGCUCCAGUGAUUCUGAAGUGGGUUUCGGCUGAGCUAGACCCGGAUUACUCAUCGAACCUACUGGCACGGUGGCUGACUCCUGGUGGGGAGCCAUGUAAAGAUUCAAGCACAGAAGAUAUCUUUAUCCAGGGUCUGGAUAAUCUUGAUCACCAAAUUGACUUAUGGGCUGGAGACAGACACGAGUAUGUUAUCCAAGCAUUGGAUAACUCCGGUAGACCGCGGUGUUUGGGUGGUGAUUAUUUUGAAACUGAUCUUUCCGGUGAUGCCUGGAAAUCUCGUCCCCCAAUCAAGGAUUUUGGCGAUGGUAGAUACUCAUUUUCCCUCCAAGUUCAUCCCGAUUUCGUCGGGGAUUAUAAUCUAACAAUUAUUCUAUUGUUUAGACACUACCAGGGCUUGAAGUUCUCGCCGGAGCGAUUCGCAUUCGAUAAAGUUCUUCGUGUAUUUCCGAUCACUUUUAAGAACUCAAACUCAUCUCACCGGUUGCCGGAAAUAAGAAGAUGCAAGAAAUCCGAUUACACGAGGGAUGCUUGGGCAGGUCGUUGGACACGACAUGGGAAGAACGACGAGUGUAUGAUCAGCAAAGAUGGCCGAUACAGAUGCCUCCAACGCGACUACCCAUGUAAGCAUCCAUGGUGUGAUGGAUCGUUGGGAUCCGUGGAGAGUAAUGGUUGGGUCUAUUCGACCCAUUGUUCAUUCAAGCUGUUUGAUGCCAAAGCAGCUUGGAGAUGCUUGAAUAAUCGUUGGCUCUUCUUCUGGGGGGAUUCGAAUCACUGUGAUACCAUUCGAAACAUGCUUAAUUUUGUGUUGAAUGUUGAAAUCGCCACUGUUCCAAGGCUGUUUGAUAUGAACAUUACCAACCCAAAAAAUCCGGGUCAGUCGGUUCGGAUCACCAGCGUUUUCAACGGUCACUAUAACCACACAGGCAACUAUCAGGGUUUAAAUUCGCUCUACAACGAUGCUUACAGAGAUUACCUGAAGAAGUAUUUUUCCGGCGAAAUUGUUCCGGACACAUUAAUCAUGAAUUCGGGUUUACACGAUGGGGUUUAUUGGCCUAAUUUGAGAAAAUUCACAAAGGGUGCCCAGGAUGCUGCUGCAUUUUGGGCAGAGGUUCUUGGCGGGGUGAGGCGGAGAAAGGUUGUGGUACCGGAGGUCAUAUACAGGACGACGGUGGCCACUGGCGGGUAUGCGCGGAGAUUGGUGUUCAAUCCCAACAAAAUGGAAGCAUUCAACGGUGUGUUGCUAGACAAGCUGAGGCAGUUUGGAGUAAUUGAUCAUGUGGUCGAUCAUUUCGACAUGACUUAUCCUUGGCAUUUCGAUAAUCGAUGCAAUGAUGGGGUGCACUACGGAAGAGCUCCGGCGAAGAUGCGGUGGAGGGACGGUCAGAUUGGGCACCAGUAUUUUGUUGACCUCAUGCUGUGUCAUGUGCUGCUGAAUGUACUGUGUGCAAGAUAGCGUGGGUUAUAGCCGAGAUAAUACAAGUCGGCGAAUUGCAUAGGUCAUGGUCGUGUUGUAUGCCAUCAUGUAUUUUUGAUUUUUUUAUAUGCCACUUACAAUGUAGUUGAGGCCCGUAUGGGUGUAAUGGUGAUUCUUUAUUAUAUUUCUUUCCUUGUAGUAUUUUUCUCACUAAAUAUUAGUAAU